GGCGGGCGAUGACCAUCCUUAUCUCUGCGGGACAGGGUUACAGGAUACACGAGUAGACUUGGUACGGUUGACUGACGCGCCACAUGCCUAUCGUCGCAUCUAUCUUGUCGCCAAAUGGCCAGAAUCUGGUCUUUACCCCUAGUUUUCUUGGUUCCCGUGAGCGCGCUUACAGUAUAUACUGAAAUCCCCUACGACCGACCAAGCUUCUAAAGAUCCUGCGCAAUUGACAAUUCUAGCUACAAGUGCAAGGCGAAUUUCUCGCCAUUACCGGCCGCCGCAGAUGCGUCGUGCUGACUACUGACCGAGCCGGCGGCCUAAGAGAAGGCCCGGGAGCAUGUGCUCGCCCUUCUUCGCCGCUCAUUAGCGACUUUAGUUUACCCCCUGCCGUAACUCGACCCCUCUGGAUAACCCGUUUGUACAACCAUCCAGAGCUCUGCUGUCUGCUUCACUGGGUUCGCCGACUCCUUAUCAUGGCUGCACUUGUGACCGUGCAGUGUAUCUACCCGGGGCGAGUGCACAGUUCAAAGCGGCAAUCGGUCGGCGGAGCCCCGGCAGCGCCUGUGCGCCACAAUGGCUCGGCUCCGUUUUGGGGAGGGAGUCAUGAAUACAGUUUUUCGAUUGGCUGCUGUUUGGGCGCCUGAAUGCCUUCCCCGGGCGUCUUCGG